AUGUGCCAUAACAAGGAUUCGUCGUUCAGUGAGCUAAGCUCACUACUGGAAAAUGUCCGUAAUGCACCUCUACCGACGAAGGAACUGCUGCUACGAAAGUUUUUUCAAGACUUUGAACAUAGCCGUCAAGCUGUUUUAGAUGUGGUCGAUAAACCUUCGAUCUAUCCAUGGCUAAGGUUGAUAGUGCCGGGAAUGGAUCGCGAACGUAAAGCGUACGGUUUGCGUGAACAAACGCUCGCCGAAGCCUAUAUUCGCGCGCUGGGACUAGAUCGUCAAAAUGCAGAGGUGCAGCAGCGGCUGCUGGGCGCCGGGAGUGAUCUGGCGGAUCGGUUAGGACCGUUGCUGCACGGUCGCUGCCCGGCCAUCGGUGACCUGACUGUUGAUGACGUAAACAGCCGUUUGGAUGCGAUCGGUGCGGGACGUGCGGUAGCAGCGCGGGACGAGCUGGUAACGCUGAUUGAGCGAGGCAGUCCACUUGACCAGCGGUGGUUGGUGCGGAUUGUGCUGAAAAAAAUGCAGUUAGGUGUGAGCAACCGGCACAUCUUGCGACUGUACCAUCCAGAUGCACCUACGCUGUACGAUGGGUCGAGCGAUUUGAAACAGUUGGUGGGGCUGAUCGAGACGAAGGAAUCUGGUGCGAUUAAGACGUUCGGUGAUGACGGUGGUCCAGUGCUGUUGACACACUUUAUCCGUCCAAUGCUUUGCCAGCGAGUGGAACUCCGUCAGGUUGGUGAGUUGUUGCGCCGGGAUACGUACUGGUGCGAAACAAAGAUGGACGGCGAACGGUUCCAGAUGCACUGGGAUGGUAUAUCGUUUCGGUACUAUUCACGCAACGGGCACGAUUACAGUGACGCAUUUGGCAGGACAGCGGACCAGGUCGGUGGCACACUAACACCGAUGCUAGCGACCCUGCUCGCACCUUCUACCCGGAAUGUCAUAUUGGACGGUGAGAUGAUGGUGUUUGAUCGGCGUGACCUACGAUUUCGAGACAAAUGUGACGGUACGGAUGUAAAAGCACUCCGCACGGGCACGGCGAAUCUGCGACCCUGUUUUUGUGUCUAUGACUUGCUGUACCACAAUGGUCGCACGCUUACCGGCGUACCGUACGCUGAACGGGCCCACCUUCUAAGGCACACGAUACGCGAACAGUUUGGCUUUCUCCAACACUGUCGGCGAGAACGGGUACGCGAUGCGGAACAUCUGAUCGAGCUCAUUAAUACGGCAAUCGAUGCACAGCAGGAGGGUGUAGUGCUAAAACGCGAGGACGCACGGUACCAACCGAACAGACGGGCUGGCACCGGCUGGUACAAGAUAAAACCCGACUAUAUCGAGGGUUUGGUAACGGACUUUGAUCUACUCGUGAUGGGCGGUUUCUACAACAUGCGCCGUUCACACGUGAACAUGUUUCUGGUUGGGGUAGCGCGUGGUCCGGGUAAGUUUGUCGCGGUGGCGAAAGUUUCCAUGGGACUCAGUGUGGCCGAAUGGAAGCAGCUAAAUCAGUCGCUCCAAACGCACUGGAGAACGGAACCGAUCGGUGGAAUGCAUUGUGGUCGCACGAAACCCGAUGUUUGGAUUGCACCGGCUAAUUCAAUCGUCCUUCAGCUGAAAGGUUCCGAACUGGUACGGAGUGAUUCGUAUGCUGCUGGAUAUACGAUUCGUUUCCCGCGCAUUGUUACCAUCCGGGCCGAUAAGAUGCCAGAUGAGGUGUGCACGCUCGAAGAGUUGCAACAGCUCAGUAACACCAAUGCCAAUACCGUUGGUAGCCCGCACACCAACAAUCGUAAAUCGACAAAGCUUGCAAAACGACACGUCAUUCUCGAGGAUCUUAAUGCACCGGUAAAACGAGCAAAUCGGGGGAGAAAACCAUUAAUUGCAGCGGAACGGACAUUAAUCCCGAAACGGGAUACGUCACCACUUCCGGAUGGGAUGUUAAAAGGCCGGGAUGUGUGUGUAAUGAGCGUUGGAAAUCGACCCGGUGCACCAACGAUCGACACGCUGGAGCGGUUGGUGCGGCGACACGGUGGGCGUGCCGUGGCCAACCCAAGCCCAACCACGUUCGCCAUCGUAGCCGGCCGGGAAACGUUCAAGGUGCGAAAGUACAUGGAAACAGGCCGGUGGGAUGUAGUGCGGGAGGAUUGGUUGUUGCGUGCUGGUAUGGAAGGUAAACUAGAACCGUUUCGACCGGAACACAUACUCGUAGCGACGGAAUCGACACGGAUGAAGCUAACGAAGCAGUACGAUCGGUACGGGGAUUCAUACACACGUCCGGUCACACCGAACUCCUUUUCGGCGUUGCUGAACCGCAUCACAGGAGAGGGGGAAGAAAGGAAUCAACUGAUGACACGAUUGACCGACCGGGAAUUGGUGCAAGCCGAAACGAGACUGUUGGGUGUGCGGGUAGCGCGAAGAAAGCGUCUCUUCCGAGGACUUACCGCACAGCUGUAUGUAAAGCAGGACAAUCAGGAAAUUGCUUCGGUAGUAGUGGACGUGUAUCGCCCACAGCGUGAAAUGUUGCGAUUUGUGCAGCACGGUGGUUAUUGGCUGCGGGACAACGAACCCGGUACGGUACGGUACGUGUUUGUGGCGUCAACGGUCGAUACACUCGGUGAGGCAAAAGCUUGGUUCGAUUCGGUCACCGGAUCGGACAGCGAAGCUUCGCCGAUGUUCUUGCGAGUGGACUGGAUUGGACGUGCCAUCGAGGCUGGCCGGCUGUGCGACGAGAGGGAUUUUAUCUUACAUGACUAG